UCUAUUCUUAGCAUGAUCGGGGCCGGGUCCAUAGUGCGCAUUCAAACUAUUGUGGCGGUGUGAUAUGGGAAACACCUCAACAAAAUCUCAUCUCAAGCAAAGAAACAAAAAGGUACACUGGAAGGCAACUGAUCGUCCAGGAAGACCCGGCAAACCCGAAUUGGUGUCAGACGCUGACACUUCUCCAGAUGUUUUAACAAUUAGAUGGGAUCGACCACUAAAAGAUGGAGGAUCAGCAAUUAUUGGAUACCUGGUGGAACACCGAAGAUUCGGUUCCCCACAUUGGGUUCGUGCCACUCCUAUGUUGGUUCCCUUUUCUGAAUUAACACUAAGCGGUCUUGAGCCGGGAUGGCGAUAUCAAUUUCGCGUGUGCGCCGAAAAUGCGGUUGGUCUUUCAGAUCCAAGUGAAUUAUCAGAUCCAUUGAUAGUAACGUUACAAAGAUCGACAAUAACCACUCCAAGAUUCACGCAAGAAUUAAAAGAUACUAUAGCUUUGGAAAAUGAUAAGAUCGAGUUUGUUGUUCAUUUUUUGGGUCAACCUCCUCCGAAAGUAUCAUGGUUUAAAGAUGGAUUUGAAAUUUUUAGUAGCCGAAGAAUAAGAAUUUUAACAGAAUCUGAUAGGAGUGUUUUGACUAUUCAUCAAUGUCAAUUGGUUGAUGCUGGAGAAAUCAAAUGCACCGCUACAAAUAAAUCUGGACAUGCAUCGACUAGAGCAAUCCUUACUUUGGAAGCACCACCCAGUAUUCGACUUCCCAGACAAUACGAAGAAGGAUUAUUAUUCGAAAUAGGUGAAGUUAUGCGUUUAAAGGUGUCCGUGGUAGGGCUUCCAACGCCUCUAGUGUUCUGGAGCCACAAUGGCGAAUCCAUCCAAAAUUCCGAACGAUACGAAAUCGAAAAUUACGACAAUAUUUCCACCUUGAGAAUUAACGAAGCCACACGAUCUGAUCGUGGAGAAUACCAAAUUAAAGCUGUAAAUAAAUUAGGUCAAGAUACAACCUCAUUUUUGGUAACGGUAACAGACAAACCAUCAGCACCAUCAAAAGCUAGAGUUGUUAUGACGUUAGGAAAAUCUGUAACUCUCUCUUGGAAUACGCCUGAAGAUGAUGGAGGUUGCAAAAUAGGUAGCUAUAUCAUUGAGUAUUAUAGAAUUGGUUGGGAUGUGUGGUUAAAAGCUGCCACCAGUAGACAAUUAUCAACAGUUCUGGGAGAUCUUAUAGAAGGCAGUGAAUAUAAAUUCAGAAUUAAAGCUGAAAGUCCAUAUGGUAUUAGCGAGCCCAGCGAUGAAACCGAAACGAUAUUUAUUCCCGAUGUAAAAAGGGGAAUAAUUGAACCAAGAAGUUUAAGUCAACCUAGAGAAAUAAUGGUGGAACAUGAAACUCCUACUCUUCCACAACGAAAACAUAAACAAAGAUCUCAAUCAUCAACUCGAGCUGAAAUGCACGUUAAAUUUCAAACACCAGAAGGAACACCUCUUCGUCCUGAAAGAACUAAGGUGAAAACACCUCAAAGAACUCCAGAACCAUCACCUCGACCGCAUAGAAGAGAAAUGAAUCAAGAAAUCAUUAACAGAGCUAUAUUUGAUAGAGCUUCUAUGACUAGGGAUUUGGCUUAUGGUACACCUGAUUUUAAAAUAAAAAAGACAGACGUUGAGAAAUUGCCCAAGAAUGUUAUUAAAGAAGAUAAAUCUCUAUCAACGCGUCCUCAAUCACCACCUGUUCGAGGUAAGUCAAGGAGUAAAUCAAGAAGUAAAUCACCCAGUCCAGCUCCAAAUAUUGAACAACAUAAACCACAAGUUGCUGCUAAAACACAAAACUUCCCAGUACCUAAAAAAGAAAGAUCACCAAGUCCAUAUUUAGAUAAAUCAAGAUCGUCUAGUCCUGGAGUAAUGAUUGAGAGAAGAAGGUCUCCAAGCCCAAGUAAAUAUCUUCGUACUCGAUCACCAAGUCCAAAUGUUGAAAGGAAAACAUCGAAAGAUUUCACAGGAAGUUCCGAAUUUAUGCUUGUGCUGCUUCCACACGAAAAUAAACAUGAAGAUCAUGAAGAUCAUGAUUAUCAUUUCGAAGACAACAUAAUUCCACCUCCUUUGUCUUUAUCAGCACCAGAAUUGGGUUCAGAACCACCAUUUGUUCUAGAAGGAUUAAAGUAUUCGGCUAGUUCAUCAGAACUUCUUCACGAGCGAUCAAUGAUGAGAUUUUAUGAAGCCGCAAUGUUAGAAGAACAGGAAAAAACGAAAAAAGAUCAAAAACGACCUAGUCUUAUACCAAAGAUUCAAAUUAAUGAUAAUGAAAUAUCACUAGAAAGAAAGCUGUCACAAAGAAGAAGAUUUUCGGCGGGAUCAGUUCCUCAACAUUUAUUAUGGACGCAGAAACGACAUAGCCUAAGAAAUUCUGGUGAUAUCAACGAAGUUUGGGAAGGUAAGCUGCGAAAGUUUCCCUUAACUACAGAAGAAAAGCGAGAUAUAAUGAUGAAUAAAAAAAGGUCUGAAUCUGAAGAAAAGGAAGAAGAAAUGUUAGAAAAAAUUAGAGCUCAAAAUAAUCAAAGACCGAAGUUAGAGAAAAAAAGGAAUAUUGACAUAAUUGAUAUGAGAAAAUGGGAUGAGGAUUUAUCCGAAGAAUCUUCUGACGAAAGAAUUUACGAUCAAGUACCUGAUAUAGAUAGAGACAUUGAAGAAGAAGAUAUAACAUACAAUCCUUUCAUGCGACGUGUUAAUCCAAAAGAACACGAACCAUUUGAAAUUUUAACGAAACCGAAUAAAUUACCCGAUCCUAACUUUAAACCAAAACCGAUUUUAAAGAAAAAUGGCGAUUUAGACGAAAAUGGAACAUCAACUGCAACUUCGAGAAGUGUCUCAAUGUCCCCAGAAACCAUAUCAGUGGAUUUAGAAAAGAGAAAGAGUUUACCUAAAAUAAGUCCAACCCGAGAUUUAGAAGUGAAACCACAACAAAGAAGAUCGAGUUCUCCAGCGGUUGCACCGAUUCCUUUCCAAACAGUUUCUGCAAUCGCAUCAAUUAGUGGUUACACAGCUGCUGGAAUUGUUAUACCUGAACCAUUAUUAUCCAAGCAAAAAUAUGAAGAAGAAUCUAAAGUUGUUAUAGAUCAUUACGCCGACAUCGUAAAAGCAUACAGCAAAAAAGACAAACCAAUUCAAAAAUACGAACGAUUUAUUGAUACAGAAAAAGAGGAAAAAAUCGUUGAGAGCAAAUCAAGUAUUACAGAUUCAAGUAGUGAAAAUAUAAGAAAUGUUAAACUUAAUGGAAGAUCAAGAAAUGAUUCAUCAUCUUCUAGUCAAGGAUCUUUACAAUCGAGGUCUAGGAUGCGAAGAGGUAGUCCUGUUGUGUUAAAUAAAGAAAUAUUGACGUUUAGGUCUACUAAAAUUAAAGAACAAGAGGAACAACAAAAACAACAAGAACUACAAGAACGUCAACAACGUCAAAAACAUUCGCAAGCUCGGAAUGUUAGGACACCAUCAAAAUCUCCUGGGCGCAGAAAAACAACUCCUUCACCAAUGAGAAAACUAUCAAUUUCUUCAGUUGAAACAGUUUCGCUAUCAACUCAAACUAGCGUAGAAAAACCCCCAUCUCCAGUUUUAAGAAUUCGAGCGCCAAAGAUGAAAGAAAUAAUGACUCAAACCUCCACGUGUAUAGACAACCUUAUAAACGAAGCUACCAAGUUGUUGCCGCAAAAACUAACAGACGAAGAACUAAAGAUUUCUACAGAGAGGAGAGUAAGGUCGACGAUCGACUACAUCACAGAUGUCACAAUGUUUAUUGUUGCUUGUUGGUUGUACAUGUUUAAUAAUGAACUCCUCGCCAUACCGGUUCUUUUGGUUAUGGUGUACAGGCAGUUGCAGAGCGAAGUUAAGAAACGAAUUCCGAAAUGGUUGGAAAAAAAAUUAAGCAAAUGAUAUUUUGUUUUAAAAAAUAUCCAAUUUAGGGGAAAGUUAAAAAAAAAAUGUAUAG